AAGGAAUAUUUUUUGCAGAACACUGUCAUUAGUUUGUUCUCCAUCGCCCUGAACUUAGGAUCCUGUCCUGUUAUAAUAAUGAUGAACGUGUUGGUGAUCGUCGCGAUUAAAACAAGACGCAGAUUACAGUCCGAGUACAACAUACUACUGGCUUGCUUAGCGGGAACAGAUCUAGCUGUUGGCUUAGUUUCCCAGCCGUUAUUCAUCGCACAAGAAAUCCUCUUCCUGUCGGGUGCAUCGCUGGUUGAUUAUUGUAACUUCUACAGAAAGACAGUUUUUGUUUUUCUUGUUCCAUGUAUUGAAUCGUUGCUGAUCUUAGCUAUACUGAGUACUGAGCGUUAU